AUGUCUCUUGUCAUCAUAUUUUGGCUUGUUAGCAAAACAUUAAUAUAAACAACAACAAUUUUCUGUGAAUGUGUACAUCUAAAAGAGAAAGAAAAUUGUGUGAAUUCUGGAAAAUGCAGAUGGAACGAAGAUGAUUAAAGUUGUAUUGAAAACACAAGAUUUUAAACAUAAAACAUAGUUUAUACAUAUUGUUCUUAAUUUAUAGAGGAUGAAUGUAUAUAUGAGAAUAAAUGUGCAUUUCAUUUAGGUAAAUGUAUAGAGUUUAAAAAUUGUGAGGCAUUUACAAAGGAGAAAUGUAAUUAAUCUUCUUAUUACUGCAUUAAUGAAGGAAAUAAAUGUAUAUCAAAAGGAUUAUGUUCAGACUAUUUAACUUAAAUUGCUUGUUAGAAUAAGAAUUCUUAAGGAAAAUAUUGUAAAUGGAUACAUCAGGAUGAUUAAUAUUUCUGUGAAGAUAUUAAAAAUUGUGAAGAUCUUCCAAGUUUAUUGAAAUUUGAUAGAGAUUGUCGAGAAUAAAUAAAAACAUGUACUAUUUCUCUGAAUGGUGGUUGCUAGAUAUCAUCAUAAUUUUGUAGUUAAUAUAGAUAUUAAGAAUAAUGCUAUUUUAAUUUUAAUUAAGUAGAAUGUUUUUGGGAUGAUAAUUUGAAUUAGUGUUUUGAAAAGAUUUGUAAAAAUUUAUAAUCAUCUUUAUUUGAAGAAUGUUAAAAGAUUUAACCUAUUUGUACUACAAAUGGAGUAUAGUGUAUAGAAAAAUUAAAUUGUAAUUAAUAUUAAAAUUCAAAUUCAUGUAUUGAAGAUUUAGAAAGAAAUAAAUGUAUUUUUUAUAAAGAUAGAUGUUAUGAAUAGAAUUGUAGGAGUGCUCCAAAUUUUAUUAGUACAUUAAUGGAAUGUUAAUUUUUUGAAUUUAAAGAUGUUAAAUGUAUUCCUAGAAAAUAAGGAGGAUGCAAAAUAAUUCCUUAGAAAUGUGAUGAAUUAGAAACAGAAGAUUCAUGUAGAAUCAUUUAAGAAUUAAAUGGUAAGUAAUGUUAUUGGUAAUAAUAAUAAUAGAUUUGUAAAUUUAAAUAAUGUUCUGAUGCACCUACAGAAUAUAAUCACAUAAAAUGUAUAAGUUGGUUAAGUGAUUAUGAAUGUAUUGGAGGAAUUGAAAAUGGUUGUAUAGAGAAUGUUGAUGAUUGUACUAAUAUUAUAAAUUUAAAGAGUUGUUUUAAAGAUAAAUUUAAUAGAUAAUGUGUAAUUGAAAAUGAUAAAUGUGUAGAAGAAAAAUGUUAAAAUUUUAAAUUUCCAUUUUAUGAUAAUAUAUAUGCUUGUGAAAAGAAAUUAGAAAUCUGUACUUAUAGUCUAUAUCAUUAAAUGUGUAUUAAGAAAGAGUGUUCAGAAUUAGAAAAUAGAUAAUGCAAUUUUGAUUAUUAAAUGAAUAAAUGCAUAUAAUUACCUGGAUGUAUUCAUAAGAAAUGUGAAUCUGCUUCUAUUUAUUACAGAACUAAUGAAGAAUGUGAAAAUUGGGAUAUUAGAUGUACAAUAAAUGCUGGAAUAAUUAAUAAUAUUAACUAUUAAAAUGGAUGUAUUACUAAACAUUUAGAUUGUAUAGAUUUUAAAUAUUAAUCAUAAUGUUUAACACAAUUAUAAGGAAUACCAUGUUUUUGGAAUUAAUCUAUUAAUUAAUGUUAAUUUCAUAAUUGUCAGAAUGCUCCAAAAAGUUUAAAAACUUUAAUUGAAUGUUAAUAAUGGGUUCAAUAUCAUAAUAUAAAAUGUAUAAAUAAAGAAAAUGGAGGAUGCAUUGAAUAAUCAAAAAAUUGUAAUGGUUUAAAUGAUGAAGUUUAAUGUUAAGUUGGUUCUAUUGAAGGAUUAUGUUUUUGGAAUACUAACAAUAGGAAAUGUGAAGAUCGUACUUGUGAUAAUGCUAAUAAUGUUAAUUCAAAUAAACAAUGCAGACAAUGGUUGUAAUCUUGUAUUUUUAAGGAAAAAAAUAAAUGUGAAAGCUACAACAAUUAUUAAAAGUUAUGCAGUUAAUUUCCAAUAAAUAUGAAGUUUGAUUCUCAUGAAGAAUGUUAAGCAUGGAAUCCUAAUUGUACACUUAAAUUAGGACAAGCAUGUUUUACUGAAGAUUUAUGUAAUAAAUAUAAAACAUAAGAAUUAUGUAAAUUUAAUUCAAAUGGAGAUUAAUGUAAGUGGAAUGCUACUAAUCAAUGUGAAGAAAAUAAAUGUGAGAAUCUUACAAAUCCUAAUGAUGAUAAUUCUUGUUUCUAACAUUCUCCAACUUGUACAAUUAGAACAACAACAAUUGAUGGAGUGACGAUAAAAACCUGUAUAAUUAGAUAAUAAAAAUGUAAUACUAUUCUAAAUUAAAAAGAAUGUGAGAAUCAUUCUCAAUAGGAAAAAUGUGUUUGGAAUAGUUUUGGAUAAUGUUCAGCUGUCAUAUGUAUUUAUAAUAGCUAAGAUUCUAAAUGUGAGGACAAUAAUCUAUGUUAAAUUGAAAAUCCUACUUACUCAAAUUGCAAAGAGAAAAAUGAAUAAUGUAUUCUGAAUGAAUUGGAAAGCAACUGUUAGUUAAUUUAAUCUUGUCAAGAUACAACAACUUACUCAGAUUAUAAUUGUGAGAAAAUUAAAUAUAAUAAGAGUUGUUAAAAAUGGGAUUUUUAAUCUGGCUGUCAAAUUUUAGCUGAAAAUUGUUCAGAUUAUAAAUAUUAAGAAAUUUGUAUAAUGAAUUAUACGAAAAAAUAAUGUUAUUGGAGUAUAUUAAAAAAUAAAUGUUUGAAUUUUUCAUGUUCUGUAAUUGAAGAGAAAUUAAAUAGUCAUAAUGAUUGUUAAAAUAUCUCUUUGAAAUGCACUCUUAAUGUUGAUAUUGAUAUAUAAUCUAAUUGCAUGGAAUUGAAAUUAUGUAAAGAUUAUAGAAAAAGAGAAUAAUGUUAUAUAGAUAUUAAUAAAUAGUAAUGCAGUUGGAUAAAGAAUAAGUGUAUUUUUGAUAAAUGUAAGACUGUUCCAUUGGAUAUUUAUACUAUAGAGAAAUGUUAGAAUUUUGGAAUAGAAUGUACAAUAAAUGAAGAUAGAUCUGGAUGUAUCACAAAAUUAGAUUUAUGUGAAUAAUACAAUAAAUUAUAAUGUUUAACUCCGAAUCAAAGUAAUUAUGAUGAAAUUUAAUGUUUUUGGGAUUAAUCUAGUAAUGAUUGUAAAGAGAUUAUAUGUCAUAAAGCAAAUAAAUAAAUACUAGAAUAAAUAGAAUGUGAAUAAUUUAAUUAUAAUUGUUAAACAAAAUAAUGUAAAAUAUCUAUAUGCAUGGAUUAUGAAUAUAGUUCAGAUAUUGAAUGUUCAUAAGUUUUAAUAAAGAAUAAAUGUACUACAGAUGGAAAAUAAUGUGUAAAUAGAAAUUAAUG